CGCGCCAUCCUCAUCAUGGCGACUUCGCUGCGAGACCUCGUCACGGUGAUUGUCACAACCUCCGCAAUCCCAUCCAACCCGUCGACGUCAGUGCUCGAAGACGUGUUGACGAGCUUCUCAUUCGUUCCCGGUCUGAAUUCAUGCGACACCAUCCUCACUUGCGACGGCUACGUGCUCAAGUCAACCGAAGGCGAGUCCAAGUUCAAAUCCAUGCGGAUCAACGAGGACGAGUUGGCAAACUACUUGGAGUACCAAGAGCGUGCUCGUAUCGUGUUUCGUCGUCAUCUGGGUUACGAAGAUGCCGAAGCGGGGUCGUUGCACUCGAGUACGUCGUCCACGUCCACCAUCCGCAUUGGGGCGAGAUUGCGCGCCGAAACCACAGUCGUAAGCAACGUCCUGGAUGGAAAGCCGAGUUUUCACACUAUCACAUGCACCAAGCGAUUGGGAUUUGCGCUGGCGGUGCGGGAAGCUCUGAAACUGGUCACGACGCCUUACAUUUUGAUCCAUCAACACGACUGGACAUUUCUGCAUCCCAUUGACCUGGCCUCGCUUUGCCACACCAUGAAUGCCCACCGCAACAUUCUGCACUACAUUGGGUUCUCGUCGCGCAAAUCCUUGCGACGCACACAGCGCCCCCACCCUUGCCUUCCACCGGCGCCCGCGCAGACGUUUGGCCCGCAUGUGCUGUCGCCGCUCUUCUUCUGGUACGACAAGCCGCACGUGGGUCGUACGAGCCAGUAUCGUUCGUUCGUGUAUGGCCACGGACGGUUUCAGACCGGCGACUUCAUCGAAGACACGAUGGGUCAUGCGAUGUUGGCGGAUCUGAAGCAUCGGGGCAUGUCAGGCCAUGCUGACUACGGCACGUGGACGUAUGUGAAUCAACACAUGACGCAUGAACCCACGCUGCGCCACCGCAGUGGCCGCCAUUUCAGAGAAACGGUGUUUCUACGAUCGUCCAAGAAGAAGGGCAAGCAGGACGUACCAAGAGGUAUGGCAACUGGGGAUUCUGGUCAUGAUGGUGCGCGGUGUCCACUUGAAAGCGGCAGCAGCGACGACAGUGCCGACGACGAGUAAUAGGACCAAGUGAUGUUGGCUUAACUGUUAGUACUAUUACUAGGUAGUAGCACAAAACUGAUUUAUGUUGCGUUUAGUACAUAGUACUGGUACUGC